AUGUCGCAAGUGUCGGACCUCGUCAAAGACUCGAAGCUGCCCACCAAGGUCGACUCUGAGUAUACCACGCACACCUUUCUCGAGUCCACGUCGGUGGCAGGCCGGCGCGCCCGGCGCAGAGAGCGCGAAGAAAUCUGGAAGAAGAAAAGGCCCCUGGGAAUCGGCAUCUUGAGCACGGUAUGGCUGGAGGAGUGCGUGUCUGAGGACGGGAGCAAGUUACGCGCUGUCAAAGAAGUGUGCAAAACCGCGCCAGGGGCCAAGCUCGUGGAUUAUAACCGCGAGCUAGAAGCCAUUGCCAGGUUCUCGCAGCAGAGGUACGAUGGGUGCUUCGUGAAAUCCUCGGGUUGGUUCGACACCCCUGAGUCGGUGUUGAUUUCCAUGGAGUAUCUCUCCCUGGGCGAUCUCCAGCAGUACAUGACCCAGCCGUUUCCCGAGAAAGAAGCCCAACAUAUUGCAUUGCAGCUCCUCGAGGGCCUUGAUUUUAUGCAUGGCAAUGGAUUUGCUCACCGCGAUUUGAAACCUCAGAAUAUUUUCGUCCUUUCCAUGGGCCCAGACUGGUGGGUCAAGAUCGGCGACUUCGGGAUCAGCAAGCGGGUCAUGGAGAGCUUCAUGGGCCUGUCAACUUUCAACGGCACCCCGGCGUUCAUUGCGCCCGAGGUCUAUGAGCAACAGUGGAAGAUUGAAAAGACAACCCCGGCGCCGGACUUGGUUUAUGGUCCAGCAGUCGAUAUCUGGGCUCUUGGUGUGAUUACUUACUACAUGCUCACGGCCAACCUGCCAUUUUCUUGGAAAAGUGACCUUCUCGCCUACUCCAAGGGCGAAGCAGAUCUACCACUGAGCUCUUUGGCCGAGGUCCAAGUCAGUCCAGAAGCGACUUCAUUCCUUGAACGCCUGUUGGCAGCAAAGUCUGCCGAUCGCCCUGUCGCAAGAGAUGCUUUGGACCAUGCCUGGCUUGUCCCGCUGCUGCAAGACUCCGAUGCAAGCGAUGGUCAAGAUCAGCCCGAGCCAAUCUCAAAUCUUGAGACCAUCCAAGAACCAGAAGAGCCGCAGGAAUUCCAGGAAUCCCCUGCCCCGAAGCAAAAGCCACCAGCCUCACAGGAUGUAAUGGUCCCCGGCACGAUCGAUUUGACGGAUGAUGUACCGGAAAAGCCCAAAAAGCCCAUUCCCGCGGAACAACAUCCGUCAAUACGACAAUCGCAGCAGUCCACCACACCGAUAUCACCACUGAGUCUGGGGAUCGACGGUGAUACGUACAAGCAGCUGAUCAACAACCUCAAUCUGAACCGCUCAAGGACCCCGUCAACGAGCGUCUCGACCCGGGACUACCCAGCGACAGAAACAGCGUCCAUUGCAACAUCGCAACAGAGCGAUUCCCAGCACAGCGAGCCCAUCACCCGAGCCCACCACAACCGUCAAACCUCCUCGGCGUCGUCUAUGACCCCAAUCGACAUCCUCCCUCCCUACACCCGCCGAAGAUCCGACGCCGCGCCCAUCCCCAUCUCUGACCUCGACUACAAAACCCCUUCGUCAGGGAGUCCCACUCCCAGCAUCAGAAACAGCAGACACAGCGCGGAUCGGUUCUCUGAGAAGAUUAGACGAGCCUCUCGCGAUAUCAUGCCGAGACGGAGCCGCCGCUCCAACGAUUACCAUGGCAAAGAUAUAAAAGAAGCGGAGAUCCCGCGUUGUCGGUCUUCUCAGGAUACCACUCCAACGUCUCCCUCAACGUGA